AUGGAAAUCCAAGAGGAAACCAAAUGUCCCAUCUGUCUGCAAUAUCUGACAGACCCAGUGACCAUAGACUGUGGGCACAACUUCUGCCGAGUCUGCAUCACUCAGCACUGUGAGACAUGGACAGAGGGGGACCAUGACCCUUUGUGCUGCCCCAGUUGUAAAUCCAUAAUACGAAACAGGACUCUCCAGAAUAACUAUCAGCUAGCAAAUAUAGUGAAAACAAUUAAAAAGCUGGAUUUAAAACCAGGAAAAGAGAAUCUGUGUGAGAGACACAGCAAAGCCCUGGAUCUGUUCUGUGACAAGGAUGGAGAAGCCGUGUGUGUGGUUUGUUGGCGAUCCCCCGAGCACAGAUCUCACCCGGUGCUUCUCAUAGAGGAGGAUUUCCAGAAAUACAAGGAAAAAAUUCAGGCCUAUUUGAAGACUCUGAGUGAAGAGAGAGAAAAACUGCUGGGAUUUAAAGUGACUGGAGAGGAUAAAAUCCAGGAGUAUCUGAAACAGAUAGAAAAGGAGAGGCAGAAGAUUGUGUCUGAAUUUCAGCAACUGCUGCAGUUCCUGGAGGAACAAGAGCGACUCCUGCUGGCCCAGCUGGAAAAGCUGGACAAGGAGAUUGUGAAGAUACAGAAUGAAAAUAUAACCAAACUCUCUGAGGAGAUUUCCCGUCUCAGUGAGCUGAUCAGUGAGAUGGAGGGGAAGUAUCAGAAGCCAGCGAGAGAAUUCCUGCAGGAUUUCAGAAGCACGUUGAGCAGGUGUGAGAAGGGGAAGUUCCAGCAACCACUGGAGAUUACUCCUGAACUGGAAAAGAGACUCAGUGAUUACUCCCAGAAAACUAUGGCUCUAAUGGAGACUCUGAGGAAGUUCAAAGCCACUCUGCCAUCUCCACUGGAGACAAAAAGAGGGGAAUCCCUGGGAUCAUGCGGACUGGUGAAUGUGACUCUGGAUCCAGACACAGCUCAUCCUGAACUCGUCCUGUCGGAGGAUCAGAAAAGUGUGAGAUGGGGACACACACGGCAGGAUCUGCCCAACAAUCCUGAGAGAUUUGACUCUGAGCUCUGUCUGCUGGGAUGUGAGGGAUUCACCUCGGGGAGACAUUGCUGGGAGGUGGAGGUGAAAGUGCAGGGUGGGGGACACUGGGCUGUGGGGGUGGCCAGAGAGUCUGUGAGGAGGAAGGGAUGGAUCCAUCUUAACCCUAAGGAAGGGAUCUGGGCUGUAGAGUUGCGCCGGGGCCCCAGCAGGAUCCGGGUUUGUCUGGACUGUGAACGGGGGCAGGUUACAUUUUUCAAUGCUGGUGAUGAGGCCCUGAUCUUCACUUUCCUGCUGGCCUCUGUCCCUGGGGAGAGAAUCCGCCCCUGGCUGUGGGUGGGGGGAUCCCAGCUCAGACCGUGUCCCUGA